AUUGGAUUAUUGAAACAAAUAAACGUAGUUGCUCAUGCUGAACUAGCUACUCUUCUUGAAGGCGAAGAAACAAUUAAUGAUUUUGCUAAACUUUCACCAGAAGAAAUUUUAAUUCGAUGGGUAAAUUAUCAUUUAAAAGGAACAGAUAGUGAAACACGUAUGGAGAAUUUCUCUUUUGAUGUUCGAGUAAGUUAA